UGCGUAACGCAGCGCGGCUCUUUACGCACGCAGACCUCAGGGAGCGCAGCAGCACGAGCGCAGAAAGCGGCCGAGGCAGAGGCGGAGGAGGAUCAGCCGCUCGAGCUUCAGGAACCCGGGAGGAUGGAAGUCCAAAGGUCGGCUGACCUGUGACGCCGGGGCCAUGGACGUCCGUCUGCAGGGCAACUCGCAGCUCCACUUCGCUGUCAACGGGGGCGCCGCCGGUCCCAACGCCAGGCCAGCACAGGACGACACGCUGCACUUCCUGACCCAGGAGGAGAAGGACUGCAUCCGGUUCUUUGAGAACACCAUCGACUCACUGGAAGAAAACCUCGAGGACGCCAGAACCAGGACCCUGGAGAGACCGCCUGCCAGGGACCACAUGGACGGACCGCCCGCCUCCGCCUCCGGCUCCGGCGCCGGGGUCAACACUCCGGCUCCAUUCACCAGUAAAGACCAGGACAUCAUCGACCUGGUCCGCCCAGAUCCGGACCUGGUGCCGACCAGAGACCACUUCAGCUUCAGCGGUCCAGACUUCCAGAGUCUGAUUCCGGCUCCUGAAAGCCACUUCGAGGUGAAGCCCAGAUGGGAUCCGGCAGAGGGCUUCUCUCCAGACUACAGUGCGACGGACCCCCAUACCUACCACCCCCCCGGCUGCGUCCCCACCCCGGUCCUGAUAGCCCAGAAGAUAGCCGAGAACCGGGGAGGCGGAGCCUCCGGCGUGGACCCGUCCUCCAUCCUCCGUCGCAUCAGUCUAGAAUCUGACAAACCGCAGGGGGGUCCUCCCACCUCCGCCAAGCCCACCCGGCUACCGGCCAACAUCAGCAUGGUCCUCGGCAACCGGGACCAGCAGGCCCAGGCCCAGUCCCUGUCCCAGUCCCUGGCCAACGUCAAUAUUCAAGAGAGGCGGGCGCAGAUGCUGGCCAACCUGUCCGGGACGUCCCACCCUCUGCUGCAGGACAACCCGUCCGGGACGUCCCACCCUCUGCUGCAGGACAACCCGUCCGGGACGUCCCACCCUCUGCUGCAGGACAACCCGUCCGGGACGUCCCACCCUCUGCUGCAGGACAACCCGUCUGGGACGUCCCACCCUCUGCUGCAGGACAACCCGUCCGGGACGUCCCACCCUCUGCUGGCGGCGGAGAAGAAGACCCGGAACGUCCCGACUCGCAGCAUCUCCUUCAGGGACCCCACACCAGACAAAUCCAGGAUGGAGGCCCUGUCCAAGCUGGGUCUGAACCGGAGCCGAGCCAUGUCUGGGGGUCCCACGCUCUUUGACGGUCCCGAUGGAAACUCAGUGAGACCCCCGACGGGUGCAGAUGCUGGAGCCAGACUCCUGGAUCCCGGUCCUGCCCUGAUGCUGGAGACUCCGCCGCCGUCUCUCGGCUACGCCAGGUCUGACGGAAAACCCGAGGUUCUGCGGAGUGAUUCCCGAAGGAGCUAUGAAGAGGGAAGCCCCCAGCCCAGUCCUUCCCCCACCCCGGCCCCCCAGACCGGCUACCACCCGUCUCCUCUGGACCACAAGCCCGCCGUCUCUCCUCCACCAGAGGUCACCUCCAUCGAGAUCAACAGCUACGGCGGGAAGUCCAUGGUGGUCAACCCUUCUGUGACCCCAAGGAGCGAGUCCUCCGGUUCUCCGACCCCCCCCGACUGCAGAACCGUGUCCAUGAGCCGGACCGACCUCCCCGACAUCCUCAGCUCCCACAUCGACAGGAGCCAGCCGGCCCCCGCCGGACCCGAGCCGCCGCCGGGCCACUUCAGCAGCUACGGCGGGCGGAGCCUGCACAUCACCCCCGCCGGCUUCGGGAACCGCCGCCCCGCCCCGCCCCCGGCCCCGAGACCCCCCCGGCACUCCCACCAGGCCCAGGUGACCCAGCAGCUGGCGGCGUCCCGAGCCCUGUCCCCCGAUCACAAGCGGAAACCCAACCUGUUCCGGCCCCAGUCCAUCACCGUGGAGUUCUGCGGACGAGGACCGACCGACGAGUCGCGCAGGGCGGCGCUGAGGAAGCUGGGGCUGCUGAACGACUCCUGAUCCGGGUCAGGCUCCAGACCCGGCCAGCUGUUCACCCUGAAACCCACGAUCCACGCAGGACUCGGUGGCACUGCGCACAACUUAUCUGAAAUACAGAGAGGCGUCCUAACCCUGACCUCUAACCCCUGACCUCUCACCCACAACCCGCAAGCCCCUGACCCCGACCCGAACCCAGGUCUCACUGGAGUCAAGACUUGGCCUUCCUCGUGAACUUUGAGAACCUUCUUGGUUUCCAGGGACAAUGGCAACUGAAAACUUUUAUUCUGAAAGUCUUUGACCUUUCAGUGGCCGUGGGCUUUUUGGUGAAUCCCGCUGCUCUUCAUCCAGCGCCCAUCUGGACUCUUCACGGCCAACUUCACCCAAGUGUCCAAAGCGACUGUGACCCGGAUCCACACCUGCAGUCCAGACCCGGACUUGGGGUCCAGACCCGGACUUGGGGUCCAGACCCAGUCUUGGAGUCCAGACCCGGACCUGGGGUCCAGACCCGGACUUGGGGUCCAGGCCCAGACCUGGGGUCCAGGCCCGGACUUGGGGUCCAGGCCCGGACUUGGGGUCCAGGCCCGGACCUGGGGUCCAGGCCCGGACCUGGGGUCCAGGCCCGGACCUGGGGUCCAGGCCCGGACCUGGGGUCCAGACCCGGACCUGGGGUCCAGGCCCUGAAGGAUUCAUUUAUUGCCGUUGCUGUUGAAAGGGUCUCUGCUGUGUGUGACCUUUGAACCGUGACUCGUCUCAUCCCGGGAACAGUCUGGACCCAGACUCGGGGUCUCUGCAGGUUUCUCAGACCUGCACCCGUCGGAGGGAUGCCGUGUCUCCUCUGUGAACGAGGCGUUCAGGGUCUCUGUAAAUCUCAGCUCUGGUGUUUCUGCAGCUGCAGGUUUUUACUCCUCAGUAAAACCAAACCUGGAACUGGAUCACCAAAGCCACAACGGGGAACCCGGUCGCAUGAGAUGGUCCUGUUGAACAUGUGUGUGUGUGUGUGUGUGUGUGCGAGUGUGUGUGAGACUCCGCCCACUGUAGUUCUCUACAGUAACUCUUGAAGUGUGUUUUGUCGACAGACUCCGGUUCUCUGCAGUUCAGCUGCAGUUAUUUGAAGUAUCUGAUGGUGCAAAGAUUCAGGGGACGACCCGAUGUCCAGAGAGACUGUCCACUACUGGUCUGGACAGGUCCUGGACCAACCCCGGACUGGAGGGACAGCUUGAGGUCUCGAUGCUGGUAUCUGGUUUGCAGAUGGCGGCUCUUCGUACAAAUCAGGAAAUAAGGGUUGAAACAUAUUAUAAUCUGGGAAAGGGGAACAUGGUGUCUGGUCCACUUCCUGUCCUGUAGUGUACUUCCUGUCUUCUUCCGUCUUCAUUUCCUGUUUCGUGUGACUUCACAUUAAAGUCCGGUCAUUGAAUAAAGAAUAAAAACUGCCGUUUGUGUUUCUUCAGAAAA